CCUUAACCAGUCCUGCCCUAGGAGCAGACUGAGAAGAGAGGCUCACCCCCAAGGCUAGCUUCUGGACCACCGGCACCCAUUGCCCCCAGGAAAAGGUCUACGUGAGAAGCGUGUGAUGCCCCUCUGAGCCACAAAUUCCUGCUUUUUGAGGAGCCUGGCCUCAACAUGGCAACAGGAGACCUUGAAGUGCCAGACAGGGGUCUGGGCUGCCCCGAGGCCAUGGAGGAGCUGGCCAUGUUGAUGGAGAAAUCAAGGAAACAGUUACAGGAGGAGAAGGCCAGAGGUGGUGAGAGGGCAGAAAGAAGCGAAGAGGCGAGCAGCCAGGCCCAGGGCCUGGACGAGGAUGCGCAGAGCCAAGCGCCCGAGCAGGCCCCAGAUGGCGUUGGGCCCUCGAAGGCGAAGGCAGAGCUGGGGGACCCCGGAAAGGAGCGCGGGAAGGCGGCCACAGCUCCUAAGAGCGCCCCAGCUCGGAAGAAAAGCAAGGCCCAGGCCCAGCCCCCCGGAAAGCCACAGCCACGGACGCUGGGGAGCGACGAGCUGCCCUGGGGAGAGAUCACCCUCAACAAGUGCCUGGCGCUGGCCUCCGUUGUGGCCGUCCUGAGCAUGGCCUUCCAGGUGUUCCAGGAUGUCAUUGAUGGCGAGGAGGAGGGCCCGGAGGCUGCCCCUGCACUGUGGGCCUGGCCAGGCGGCGGCGCCCCCAAGGACGGGGGUCCCAAACUGCCCAAGCCCAGGGACUGGGCCAAGGCAUCAGCCCCACCUCCGGGGUCCCAGCCCCUGGCCAAGGAGAGCCCCGAGGCCGCCCGACUUGGGGAGGCCCCACCAAAAGAGCUGGAGCCAGAGGGGCAGGAAGAAGGGAAGGCGGGCCCUGCCAGGGCCCCAGAAGCGGCCACCCUGCCCGAGGACCUUGGGGUGGGCCCCAAAGCGACCAGGCCCGAGAGGCCGGAGAGGCCCGAGAAGCCGUCCUGGGCUGGAAACAAGAAGGGCUCCCGGGAGGAGAGAGCUGAGCCUCCCCGACGGGACCGCAAAGAGGGAGGCCGCCGGCCGCGGCCACCCAGAGAAGGGGCCGAGGAGGCUCCGCGCCGGCCCUGGGAGCACAAGCACCACGCAGGCAGGUGGGAGGACUCCAAGAAGCCACCCCGGGAGGGAGCCAGGAGCAAGAGAGAGGAGCAGCGGAGGCAGGAGGACAGGGCCAGGUUCUUCCCCAAACAGAAGUACCGGGAGGGCAAGCGCAGGGACUGAGGAGGCUCCUGAGGGAGGCCCUCUGCCAGCCCCCACCCCCAGGCCCAGGGCAGCCGGAGGCCCUGGGUUCAAAUCCUGGCCCUGACAGUUACUACCUGUGUGACUCCAUCAAGACUAAACUCCCUCUCUGGGUCUCAGUUUCCCCUUCUGUAAAGAGUCUGACUCCCCCUUUAUGACAAGGGGGUGGAGGCUGCCCCUGGCACGUGAUUGCCCUGAAGGUCUGAGGCGUGUCUGGCCUUUCCAGGAGGGCCAUGGAACCACCACCCACCUGCCACCUGGGCCGGCCUCCGCUGCGAGGGAGGCACCCCGGAUUCCAGCCUCUAUUCCCUCCCCCAGGCUCGAGGCCUGCCUGUCUGAGUUUAUUAAAGUGAACGUCUGAAAAGAAA